AUGUACGUGAGCUACCUGCAGCUGGACAAGGACCCCCCCAUGUACCACCAGAACCCGGUAGGCAGACACCCGGGCCUCAGCCUCAGCCCGCAGAACUUCCCGGUACCGGCCCCGGCCCAGUACCCGGACUUCUCGGGCUACCACCCCGUGCACCACCACGGCCUGGGUCCGGCAGACCCCCACACCCCGCACCCACCUCACCCCCCUCAGCAGCAGAGCGGCGCCUGGAGCCCGGCCUACCCGCCCCCGCCUCUGCCUCCCCCACCUCAGUCCGCGCGGGACGACUGGACCGCGCACCACUACGGGACCGCCACCGGGCCUCCCGGGACCACCGCCGUGGGCCCCAACCUGGGCUACGGUCCCCCGGAGUUCGCCGGGCAUUCGCCGGGUCUGUUGGCCGCCUCCCUGAGCGCGCCCGCGGGUCAAGGGUCGGGCGCGUCCCCGCAGAGGAGAAGCGCCUACGAGUGGAUACGACGCGCGUCCACGCCGCUCGCCAACCCCAACGGGAAGACUCGCACCAAGGACAAGUACCGAGUGGUCUACACGGACCAUCAGAGACUGGAGCUGGAGAAAGAGUUCCACUACAGCAAGUACAUCACCAUCAGAAGGAAGGCGGAGCUCGCCGGCGCCCUGGGCCUAUCAGAGAGACAGGUGAAGAUCUGGUUCCAGAACCGGCGAGCGAAAGAGCGCAAGAUGAACAAGAAGAAGCUCCAGCAGCCCGCCUCCUCCACCACGCUGACCCCGCCCGCUGGAGGCGGUGGCAGCGUCGCCAUGGUGACCAGCAGCAGCGGCCUGGUGUCUCCUUCUCUGUCCAUGAACAUUAAGGAAGAGUUCUGA